AUGGCUGCCUCCAACAAUGUAGCUGCCACCAAAAUCCGCAAAACCUUUUACCUGACAGGCAAUGAGAGAGAGGCCAUGUCUCAUCGAGAAGACGGCGCCAACGGCGAUGUCGAACCCCAUGAACGAACCGGCCUCCUCAAUCGCAUCGCUACCACCGACUCCGGAACCCCAUACUACAAACAUGAAAAUCGAGUAAUAAGAUAUCCGUUUCUCGUCGGACACAUUACAACGGAGGUUUUGAAGACAAACUAUGUCAAUGUUCUCUUGGUGUUUGUGCCCAUCGGCAUCCUGUCGGGUGUGCUGCACUGGGCUCCAACCUUGCAGUUUAUUUUCAACUUUAUCGCCAUCAUCCCCUUGGCCUCGUUGCUCGCCUUUGCCACAGAGGAACUGGCGAUUCCGUUGGGACAGACUAUUGGAGGAUUGUUGAACGCGACAUUCGGGAAUGCGGUUGAAUUGAUUGUGAGCAUCAUCGCUUUGCGCAACAAUCAAAUCCGUAUCGUGCAGGCCAGCAUGCUCGGGAGCAUCCUGUCCAACAUUCUCCUCGUCCUUGGAUGCUGCUUCUUCAUCGGCGGUAUCAGGUACAGGGAACAGACCUUCAACUCCACCGUGGCUUCGACCAUGUCCUCGCUCAUGACGGUGGCCACCUCCUCCCUGAUCAUUCCGGCCACUCUGUACGCUGUCAUGUCUGACAGCAAGGCACAAGAUGAUAACAUCAUGGUCUUGUCGCGCGGCACCUCGAUCAUCUUGCUCCUCAUCUACGUGGCAUAUCUCUACUUCCAACUGAAAUCUCAUGCCGACUUGUUCGACGAUGCCGAGGCACAGGAGAAUGACAACCCCGAAGACCAAUUGCUAGGACCAUGGUCGGCCGGUGUUGUUCUGGUGAUCAUCACUCUACUGGUCGCCUGGUGUGCAGAGUAUCUUGUCGACAGCAUUGACGCCAUUGUCGAAGAAGCCCACAUCAGCAAGACCUUCAUCGGUCUGAUUUUGAUCCCCAUUGUAGGUAACGCUGCCGAGCACGUCACCGCUGUCAUUGUUGCGUGGAAGAACAAGAUGGAUCUGGCCAUUGGUGUGGCUAUUGGAUCGAGCUUGCAGAUUGCCAUCUUCGUCACGCCGUUUUUGGUCAUUCUGGGCUGGAUCAUGGAUCGGCCUAUGACCCUCCAUUUUGAGACUUUUGAGACGGUCUCCUUCUUCCUGGCCUCGCUGGUUGUCGUUCUUUUGAUUCAAGACGGCAAGUCGAAUUACCUGGAGGGACUGUUGUGUCUCGGCAUGUACAUCAUCAUCGCCUUGGCAUUCUAUGUCCUGCCAGAAGAUGCAGGGUCCGGCUUGAAUCCCGGCAAGUUAUUCUCCGAUGGGGACUAA